GCACGCCAAGUUGCAAAACCAAGGCUGCAACUGCAAACAAGCCAAUCAUCCAAGCUAGGGCUCCAGCCCCGAGUGCAGAGUCUCCAGACCUGGAAGGUGUCUCCGUAUUUUGAUGUUCAGAGAGGAGAAACUGAAAACGCGGGCCAAAUCACGAAACCAAGGCUGCAAACAAGCGAAUCAUCCAUAUGCUAGUGGCUCCAGUCCAGAGUCCAGAGCUGGAAGGCUAGCUGCAGUGCUGCUGCUUCACCUUCCCCUUUGGCCAGGCCAACCAAACCAAUAAUGCAGAGCCGCCAUGCCAUGCCAUGGCCUUGUCCUCCUCUGUGGACCCAAACAGCGGCAGGCAACGACUCGAUCAGACCAGAACUACUCCUAGUCCUAGUCCAAGUCCAAGCAGCGAGCGAGCUCCUUUAAAUGCAUGUGUUUCCCUGCGCUUCCUCCAACAGUCCAACCACCAAGUGCCAGAGUGAGCGAAGCCAGCAGCAAACCAACUUGCAAUUCGAUCUCUCUCUUUUUCUCGCUCUCUGCGGUUCGAAAAAUGGCCGGAAGGGACGUCGCCCGGCGCAAGAGCGUGGCGCGGCGGCUGUGGCGCGUGGCGCGCGCCGUGCUCUACAUGCUCCGCCGCGGCGUGCUGCGGCCGGCCGCCGGGCGCAAGCUCGCCGUGGACCUCGGCCUCCUCCUCCGCCGCGGCAAGAUCGCAGGGGGCAAGGUCCUCCUCGGCUUCCACAACCACAGCAGCCAGCAGAGCGGCUUCUCGUCUUCGGCGAGGUCGUCGUCCUUCUCGUCGUGCCGCUCCUUCGACGUGCACGAGCCCUCGGCGCGCCGCGGCAGCACCCGCCGCGACCGCGAGGUCGAGUUCAGCUGCAGCAACACGCCAUUCUCCGCUGCCGCCGAUCCCCGCCGCCACUACACCAACGCUGGGGGAUUCGGCUACGACGCGGCCGACAUCGCCAAGGUGUUCGAGAUCCUCAACCUCGACGACGACGACGACAACGCGCUCGCGCUCGCGGUGGCGAGUACCCCGUCUCCCGCGCUGCUGUGGAGGACAUUAUCGUCGUCGUCGACGCCGGUUGCGGCGGCGGGCGAGGAGCAGCAGCAGGUGGACAGGAAAGCGGACGAGUUCAUCCGGAGGUUCUACGAGCAGCUGCGCGCGCAGAAGAGCGCCGCCGCCACGCCCGACAGCUACGGGCAUUCCCCGCGGCCUCGCUUGACUGAUUGAUUAAACCGAGGCUUAAUUAACUAGAGUAGAGCUUGAGGCGGCCAUGGCCGCCGCCCGGCCAGCAGGAAGGAGUACUGUCCACAGUAGGCAUGCCGCAUGCGUGAGAGCCUUUGCGUUUACGACGUACGCUUGUCGUAGUCCUUGUACGCCAGUUCAUGUUGGUUACAUGUUGCAACUUUGCAAGUAAUCGAUUUGCUCUGUUUCUUGUUGAAUUGAAAGAGAUUUUGAUCGAUUUGGUUUCGCA